UCACCAUCUGGGUAACCACUGCGACUGGUAAGAGGACCGGACGUGUAUGCAAAGAAAAAUUAACCUAUCCCAGGUAGUACGUACUAGAUAAGUACAACAAUGUAAAUUCACCGACCAUCUCUCCUAGAUAUCAAUGAAUACUAUCUAUGAAGGUGGGAAUUCUGGACAUAAGCUGUUGAAUCAGACAGCGUCGACUGUUGUUUCAAUGUGACAGAUUGUUGGUGUUAACAUGGAUAUCAAAUGAUAGCCCGGUUCACACUAUCAGGACACCCCAGACAUUUACAGGUUUGAGAUGCAGAAACGAGUACAUUCCCUUCCAUGGAAGCGAAUUUCUAAGAAUGAAAUUCGACGAAUUGAAUUUAACGACGGAGAUGAAGAGCAUGUCCGACCAAAAUCGAAAUCGUUGGAAGACCAUAGAAAGGAAGCCCCUUCAGUCUUCAAACCAAAAUGGAUGAGAUCUUCCGACGAGUGCCAGAAAAUAUCUCGAAUGGUCAAGAUUAAACGAUGGCUGCUGCAACCUACACGCCCGAAACACCAUAAGAAAAAACAUAGCACUUGUGAAAAAGAACAGCUAAUAGUAAGUGUCAUAGAUUACAAAAUUGGACUGGAUAAUCCGGGAUUUGUCGAUGAAGAAAUCGAAGGAGACCUUGUUGAGUCUGGUUUGACGCCAUUUAAUGAAAUUCUCGAUACAGAAAAUGAUGCUUCAAAAUCGCCUGUGCAUGGUGAUCUUCAGCUCAUUGAUAUUAUGUCUGAUUUUGGUGACAACGGUACAGCAAAAGGACAAACACUGGAAAUAAACUGGCCAGAUCUUGGAUAUGUCUGUGGAAUACAAGACACUAUUUGUCUCCUGACAAGAAAUGACGUCAUCGCGCAGGAAGUUAGGGUAUCAAUGUUGGAGCUCGAAAGUAUUCCUUCAGCAGUACCAACUUUAUCCCUGUUGGAUUCAGAUCAGGAGGGAUGUUCUGCGUUUUCCGGAGGAUGCAACAACAAAGAAAAUGAAUAUGACGUCACAAAUUACAACCAGUUGAAAGUGACUAAUAAGACUGUCACGCAGAGACUCCUCCGGAAGGAGAAGAGGAACCAUUUUCUGAUGCGAAGACAAUGGGAUAUGACAGAGACAUUGGUAAACCAGACAAAGACAAUCACUAGACAGGAAGAAUGUAUAGAAAUGAUGGACAGAAGAAUAUAUAAACUAGAGAGCAAGCUGAAGAAAUUGAAGGAAAAACCUUCAGUUGUAAACCAAUAUUAUAAUGUAGGCAACGCUGAAUUGGUUUCAAUAUCAGGUGGCAGAGAUAACUAAAAACAAGAAAAAUCUUAAAGGUAAAGAUGUUUUCUCAUCUAAAUCCAUUUGACUAUAUUUCCUGUAUUACCAGGGCUAAAUUAUUUCUUAAUGGAUUUAAAAGUAGUAUCUCGGUACUAAAUCAGUUCAUAAUCAUUCAUUUAAAAAUCACUUCCGAAACUCUUCACACAAUGCAGUUAACAGUUAAUCUACAACAUAAUCCCAGCUUAAUUGUUUUGUGAGAACAUCGGCUUGAAAGCUGAAUGACUCGAUUUUAAUCAAUAGCCAAGUCCUCAAAAUACUGACAAUUACAUGUACAUUUGUAAACGUGACACUCCGUUUAUCUGGAACGUUGAGACACGUGGGUUUAAUUGUUUGCAUCACUACAACCAUAUUGUCAAACUAGUACAACUUGGAAAUAAGCAAAGGAGCUUAUCCUAAGGAUAAGGACAUUUAACAAAGGAUUCAUUUUUUAUGCGAUGUAAUUUGAUUAUCAUUUUGAUUUUAAUCCUUCCUCGCAAUGGCUGAGGAUACACAGUCAUCUCUUUGAUAGCAUUUUGUUUUAAAAGUGUGAAAACACCUUAGACGAAUGAUUGUUUCAAUGAAACAAUGUCUACCGUUAUUAUUUGUAGUUCAUCUGAAGUAACUGAAGUAACCGAAAACAUCUUAAAUUAUUACAUUUAAAAUCACAAAGAAUCUUAUUAUAAAAUGAUGCCAUUUGUUAACGAAACGACAAUAAGUACUGAUGACGAAAAGCAAAAUAUAUACCAUCAAAUAGUCAUUAAUUUCUAAAAAAUCUUUAUAUUUUGCGACCAUGGUUUAAUUUUAACGCCAUGAGGUAAGAUGUGUCGUAGUUCCUGGGCUCGAUGCAAUGAAUCAUUACAUACUUAUUACAGAUUGUCUAAUUAUAGAAAAAUGUACUAACGGAAACUUCCCAUCAUAAGUGCUUGAAUGUAUGGGAUAUGUGGUAUGGUUCCUACCUCUCCUAUCAUAAAUAGAAUGAUUCACAUGAGAAAAUUAGAAAUUUGAAAUUAGAAUAGGAUUACAAAUUUAAAUAUAUGUAAUAUAUUGAUAUAUUACUUGGUAGUAGUGUGAAUGUUACUCUUUGAUAUGUUAAUUCUUACAUAUUUCACAUUCAGUCCAUGUGUGGGACAUUGUAGACAUAUUGACCCAGAUAUUGGAUCAACAUCAAAGUAGGCCAGCAUGAAUCAAUUGGGACUCCCCAAUGAAAUCUAUAUUGUAAAUAAUAAUAUCACUACUCUAGAUAAGUACAAUGUAUACUACUUUAUCUUCACAGAGAAAAACAAGACAUAACUUGACACUAGACAGUCAGUUAUAGUAUCUUAUUUAUUUCAGAGACAAUACUAUCAUUGUUAUUCAGGGAUAACAUAAAACUACCUCUUAAUCCAAAAGAUUGUCCUAUGUAAUAGAAAAUACAACUAUUCUUAGUACUACACUAGGACUAGAAUUGUUAACACGUAUAGUCUUAACAUACUUAUAAAGGGGCUUGUAAGACAUCCAUAUCGGACUACCUUAUUUUGUGAUAACAGAAUUGACAUGUAGGCAUAUACGUGAACAGGCAUACAUGUCCUGGUUUAUAAAAAUGAAACUGAAAUGAAAACAUAUUAAGGGAGUUGUGAGUAGGAUGAAGUUAAAGGUACGAUUAAGUACAUAUUAAAAAACCCAUUAAUAAUAAUGAUUAAAAAAAAACAACAACAGUGCUUGUCAUGUUUAAGACUAUCAUAUCUCAUUCAUAUUAUUACCUCAUUAGUGUAUAUUUACAGGACACAGGUGAGUAAACAAGUUACUGAAUGGGUCACACACGGACGUCUGUGUGUUGUAACAUGAGCUUUAAAUGUAUGUGUGUACGUGGGGUGAGUCAGUCGGUGUAUUGACGAUUAUAUCACCAAUAUUCCCGCCGAAAUUGCACUCGGUUUAACAAUUACUAGUUUUACGGGAUCAAGGACGUGAUUUAAAUAAGAUGACCAAAUCGAAAACCUUUUGAAAUUUUUCGAAUUAACAUUUCAACAUUUUCGGUCCGAGAUCCCAAUUCGAAGGCAAGCUUUGUGUUAGAUAGGAUAACAUAGUACUAUCUAAAUGUAAGUUCAAAUCCGGAUAAAAAUAAUGUUUUCCUUACUCCGAAGAGGUCCUGUUUACCAAUCCGGAUAAUCCGUUAUUCCGGAUAUAAUGGUGCUAGUCAGGUUUAAUCUCAGUUGUUUUUUCAUUAUCAUAUUUUGUUUUGUUGUUAUUUUGUUUCUGUCUAUAUCUUGUACUUAUAUACAGGCAUGUAGAUUUAUUGUUGUUUACAGAUUGAGUUUUGGUUUAUUGGUGCUACCUAUAUGAAGUGAUUUUGAUAAAAAUCAAAUGAAAAAUAUAGGUUCAGUUAUGGUGAAACUAAGUCAACAAAAUAAACACAUAGUCAAAAAGAAAGCAUUAUGUAAUGAUGUAGACAAAAGAAAUGGUGUUCAAUUUUAUUUCCAAUUGUGAAACUUUGCAUUCACAAUUAACGUAAAAUUAAAUUUAAUAAGAAAAACGUAAAGGCAACAAAAUUCUUAAAAAAUACUGAUGAGUCAAAAUUAUAAAAAUAAUGAAACAUAUUUUACAAUUGAUAUUAAAAUGAGUUUUGAAAUAUCCCAUUUCAUUAACUGAGAUUUUUAUAAUUGAUAUUAAUUUUUGUUUUUUGUUUUUUGUUUUUGUUAUUGUUGUUAUAAUGUGGUUGCAUGUAUAUUAGAACUAAUUGGAAUGCUUUCCUCCCAUCUCUUCUACAGUAUGUUUGUGGGUUCAUAACCUCAUCAUAAACAUAUUGAAGGUGCUAGCCAUACAUGUAUAUAUUCUAGGUUAGACACAUUUUUCAUGAGCUUAUAUAUAGUUCAUGACAUUUAUAUUGAAUAUGACAGCAUAAUACAACGUCAUAACCUUUUAAAGUACAUGCACUUAGUGUAUGCUGGAUAGUUUUACUCCAAUGAACUGCCAGGAUAUUUUGAUAGUACAUGUGUAGUUGGUGACUACUCCACCGCAGAGUAUACGUGGGCCUGUCACAUGCCCCC